UUUUCCCGCCAACUGAACCGAGACUUCCUUUAUCUCCCCUAUCGGAUUUGUCUGUCUUGACGUUUCUACCGGUUAGUUCGGAAUAACAUUUUCCGGUCACAUGGCGCCAACAAAACUUACCGACAGUGCAAUGGAUACGACACACCAGUGAAAUGUUCACGUAUCUGUACUGAAAAUUGUGAAUAAGUUAAUCGGAUUGAACUGGCUCCAGAGCAACCGAAUGAAGUUUCUUUUGUGAACACGGUGAUGAACAUUCGUACAACGUAAAAUCAAGACAUUUCUUGACCAUUUAAAUAUAUAUCACGUUCGCAAAGAAGUUUCCAUAACCUAGUCAGUUCACAUUGCCAUGACAAAACGCUUUGACCGGAUUUAUUUAGUGAAAUGACUAGGGAAAUUAUUUACAUGUACGGGAAUUUGGACUGAUCAUGUGGAUAUCAAUGUGUAUGUUAGUAAAUAGAGUUUUAUUUCGAAAUAUAGUUGGAAGCAAAUUACGUAACGAAGUUCGUAAUUGAUAUCUACCUACAAAGGUAACGAGGUCAAACCUAUACGAAUAGUAUUUUGUUUCAAAAAUAGAAGCAAAUGGUGUAUCAGAAGUUGCUCUCAUGCUGUAGGUCAAUUUAUAUAAAAAUGAUGACGAAUUUUGCCUGCUUGUUCAAAAACAAUUUCACGAAAUUCCAACAGGGCCAAAGACAAAAUUCUUUUUCCUUUAAGAAGGUAACACACAAUUGUUUACAUAUCUGUUGUUUAAUGUAAGUGUACUAGGGAUGUUUAUUUUAUUAUUGUUGGAGGUGACUUGUUGAAUGGAACUCGGUCCUUAAAUGUAUGAUCCAUACAAGUGCGCGAACUUAUUUGGUUUUAUGACAUCUGGACUACUGGCUAGAAGACUCGAAGAUGACUUCGUCGUGUAGUAGAGGGUGAGAAUCACUACAGUUCACCAGAGUUCAUCAAGAUACCAUUUUCAUGGGUAAUUAUCAUUCUCUACUUUUCAAGUGACUUGCAACUCUAACCAUCUUACCAACUCCUUCGCGUGAAAAGUGUGCGGCGAUUGUCAUGAGUCGCCGUGACGCCUUGUCCGCCCUAGGAGCUUGAGAGCGGUGAUGAGCUCGCUUGCACUUGGAGUACCUCUCAUUAUGGUUACAGUACUGGGCCUGCUGCUGAACGGGUACAUCAUGCUCGUUGUUGUCCUCACAAAGCAGGUCCAGACUGCCAACAACCUACUGCUGCUCCACCUUGGUAUUGUUGACUCCCUGCUUUGCGCUCUCUUCCUCUUCUUCUCGGCUCCCAGCAUGCUCCGCGACUGGAACUGGUUGGGGUUAGGAACUCCCUGCAACCUCCAUGGCUUUCUGUUCACGCUCCUCCACCCGGUGGCCCUAUGGACUGUGUGUGGACUCAACUGUGACCGUUACUACGCCAUUUCGGCCCCAUUGCACUAUGGAGCCAUGGUGAGUCCGCGAAAGGUGGCCAUGGGACUGGGGGCCGCGUGGCUUAUCGCUUUGAUCCUGUGCCUACCCCCGUUCUUCCUCAUCGCUCCGUACAGCUACAACCCGGGUCUGGCCGGUUGCGCUCCUGACUUCGGAUUUGGGGACGGCGCCAUCUGGUAUUCGGCCAUCUAUACCUUGCUCACUUUGCUACUGCCUGCGGCACUGAUCCUCGGCUGCAAUAUUAAGGUUCUGAUGAUCGCCCGGUACCACCGCCAUCGCAUCGCGUCAGCCAUAUUCGAGGUCACGCUUUCUGCCCAGGUGACCAUCACUCACCAGAGGAACCCUUUCCAGCCAUCUGUCCUCAGCGCCGGCGGCAAGUUCCGGGGUCGCAGCGCGGUAUCAACAGUGUUGCAGCUACUAGGCUCGCUCCUUGUCCUGUACUUCCCCUACUACGGUGUAAUCCUGUGGGAAUCCUCAUCCACCACAUUCCUAGAAGCAAACAAAUUUGGCAUGGCUGUCCAUGUUCAUCCACACGUCGUCACCCUUGCAUCAACUCUAUUAACUUGUUCUCCGCCGAUCAACGGCCUCCUGUACGGCAUAAAGAGUAAAAUACUCCGCAAAACAUUCCAAAAUUACUGGCGUAAGCAGAUGUCGAAGAGCGAGAUGAUUCAGGAGAUCCAAGCUCGAACCCCAUCAGCUUGUGGCUCUCGACGUCCUUCGCUCACACCUCUAGGGAUUCUGAGUCGUCCUUGCACUUCCCAUUUACAGAGACGUCUGUCAGAAGUGCUCCUGGAUCCUCAUCGCACUGGAGCUAAUGGACCCAACUCAACCAGGCCUAGGAUCCAGCGGAUAGCCUCGGAGUUGAACUGGAGACCUUCAUCCACAUCCGGUCUUGGUAUUUCCUUAACUGGAAUAGAUAGAGUCUCUGGCUUUCCAAGAUCGCAUUCCUUAAAGGAUCAGCAGUCACAUACGGUCAGCUGCAACACGUUACAAGUACCAUCUUUUGACAACGAUGUAGAGCUUGACGGCGAAAUCUCAAAAAAUUACAGAUCCAUUCGUGCAGCAGUGAUUUCUAACAAAAUUGGGAGGGGAUCAUUUGAGGAAGUGCCUUCCUUGUGUGGCAACCCUGUACAAAUCACGCGUCCUAGUCUCAGCAGCGCCAAUCUUUUUCUUCAGAGAGUUUUUGGCAUUGGAAAUACUCAUUUCUAUGACCAGUGUCAGAAGGAAAUUACUUCCCCGUCAUCAAAGCGAGCAGCUGCUAUUCAAACUGUCCUAGCAACAACUCCUCGCAGGUCUCCUCGUAUCCUCAUCACUCGAGCGUUCUCUGAGGAAAGUGACAAAGCUCCAACAGCACCAGGUACUCCCACCAGAGGAGAUAUUGGGCGUCAAUAUUCCACUUCUACAACUUCUCUGCUCGACCGGAAGUGGAGGAAGAUGCGGUAUCAAGAGCCGAAGGAUGUCGACGACAGAAGAGAGAUCUGUAGCGUGGCAAGCAGUGACACUGAGUCUUUCCAUCAUUUGGAUAUUGGAACAAGUGUCAGUUCAUGCCCAGUCAAUGGUGACACCCACAGCAGCAAGAGCAGCCUCUCUUCAACAGAUGACAACUCUCGUGCCUCAUCAGGACGCUUGUAUUUCUCUCUAGAUGGGACGAGUGAAGCACCUCUCUGUUGCGAUGGAGUUUCAGCUAGCGAAGGUACAAGCGAGAGUGGUGACGCCAUGCAGCAUCAGACGCAACAGCCCAACCACAAAUCGGCUUGCUAUAUUCUCUCCUGGCCUACCACAAGGAGAAAGAACAUGGCACAUUCCAACGGGAAACUGCCACCGUCUUCCAAUACAAGGGUGCAUCUGGCGCGAAGUUUCACGAACAUUACAAAUACCCCAGAAUUUGUGUUAUAGAAACCUACCCACGCACCAUAAAGAAGUUGUUGUCUUUUGGCCCGUAGUAUGCCGAUUCUGAAAUUUACAGUCUAGGUAUGAAUGUAAUUUACGUUCGUGUGAGACAUGUGCUGUAAUCAUUUUAUUGUACGUCCAGUUUUAUUCUCAUACCGUAAUCGUCGGACAUUAACUGCAGGAAUUAACAUUUCUCCCAGUACCACAUCUCUUAUAACAUUAGAUGACAGUGAAUAGAAUUUCCCCAGGAACCAGAAAUAUCAUCUGUACAAUCUUCAUUUUGUGUAUUUGGUUUUAGUCCAGUUUAAGUCAGAACUAUUAUUUGUAACCCUACAUACACCAACACUUGGUAUUUAACUUUGUCGAAACAAAAUGCUGAAAAGAGGAUAUUCGAAAGGUCAUUCAUUGUAAAUGAGGGAGACGUUAAUAAUUCCUAACAUUCCGUCAUUGAUAUGAUUCUGUCAAGAAUAUUACGGUGGGUGUCAAGCGUACCAGGAGUGGAGUAAGAAGAAAUGCAUGAAUUUUAAUAAGCACAGUGGGAAGGUCUUCUUUGGUGAACAGCAAAUUAGUACUUGAACUGGUCCAGAUUGGAUUCAUUUAUACGGACUAGUUCAUAAUUUUGAUGAAUUUUCUGAUCCCGUGAAAACAGCGACUUUUUUGAACAUCUGAACGCCAACCUCAGAAUCCAUUUACCUAGUGGUCUGUCGUUGUCACUGCAAAAUAUUUUCGCUUUUAUUGCGCUCUUUUCACAAAAUUGAAGAACCGAGCUUAUAGGGGUCGAGUCAUGACUAUAGUAAGUGAAGCAUUUCAACUAAAUUUCUUAUUUUAUGUCUACUGAGAGGGGGAAGUUAUGCAAAUUUGAUUUUGGUUUGUAUGGCUUUUAUUUUAUAUGAAGCCUAAAUGGAACUUCAUAGAUUUCCUGGAGAACAACUCAAUUUAAAAGAAAGUUUUAAGUAACAUGAAACACAGAACCUAUUACAACAUGUAAAUUUAUAUGAAUAUUUUUUCAGAAUGAAGAAUAUUUUAUGAUAUUCAAUGCAAACAACAACUGACACAGUCGAGUGUGUAUAGUCUGAUUGUAUUGGCAGCUGCAGAUACAUAAAACAAAAGGCAGUCAGGCGUGUAUAAUGGCAAAGAACGAGCGGAAAAGUACUCUACAGCUCCUUAACAAAUUCGUGUUUAUCCGGAGGGUCAGGUGCCUACAUCUGCUCAUGUUGUAUUUAAACAAGUGGUAGCUAAUUACUAUUACCCAAAGCACACAGAUCCACGCAAGGAAGAUUCAGCAGCGAAAUUAGCAGUAGUCAGUAUCUGUCACUUAUUCACACCGACUGAGCACAAUUUAUAAAACAUAAACAGAUAUAAAAAUUACGUUUUGGAUAUCAGUUACUUCAAGGACGAUAUCCUUAACGCAGAAUGUAGUUUUCAGAAUGUUAAGACACGAAUUAUAUUGAAUAUACUGUAAGUUGCACUGAAGUUCCUCGUAAUAAGAUGGAGGAUCGUCAAUCAAACGGCAAAUACACAUAAUAAGAUUCUAUUGGCCAAAGUCCUAAAUUAAUAUUUCUUUCUCUUCCCUUCACAGUACUUCCUGCAUUCAACGUAUAGAAAGUAGAGUUAGAUUAAAUAUUUGUAUUUUUUUAAUUGCUA